CUCCGGGGCAAGGCCCGCUUUCUGUCAAAAUGGCAGCGCCCGGCGUGCACGGGUAUCUCUGAAGUUGGGGUUUAAGAUUCUUGCCCCUGAGAGCCAACGAGCCUGUCGUGCUUCUGAUUUUGAAACACCUGGGUCUGGGUUUCCCGGGCGAGCGGUGGAACCUGUGAGAAGUUUCUACAAUGGUGGGCUCAGCUCUCAGGAGAGGUGCCCAUGCAUAUGUCUACCUGGUGAGUAAGGCCAGUCACAUCUGCAGGGGCCAUCAGCACCAGGCCUGGGGAUCAAGACCUGCUGCAGCAGAGUGUGCUGUCCAGAGAGCUCCAGGCAGUGUGGUGGAGCUGCUGGGCAAAUCCUACCCUCAGGACGACUACAGCAACCUCACCCGGAAGGUCCUCACGAAAGUUGGCAGGAACCUGCACAAUCAGCAGCAUCACCCUCUGUGGCUGAUCAAGGAGAGGGUGAAGGAGCACUUCUACAAGCAGUAUGUGGGCCGCUUCGGGACCCCGUUGUUCUCGGUCCACGACAACCUUUCUCCAGUGGUCACGACCUGGCAGAACUUCGACAGCCUGCUCAUCCCAGCUGACCACCCCAGCAGGAAGAAGGGGGACAACUAUUACCUGAAUCGGACUCACAUGCUGAGAGCGCACACGUCUGCACACCAGUGGGACUUGCUGCACGCGGGGCUAGAUGCCUUCCUGGUGGUGGGUGAUGUCUACAGGCGUGACCAGAUCGACUCCCAGCACUACCCUAUUUUCCAUCAACUGGAGGCCGUGCGGCUCUUCUCCAAUCAUGAGUUAUUUGCUGGUAUAAAGGAUGGAGAAAGCCUGCAGCUCUUUGAACAAAGUUCUCGCUCUGCGCAUAAACAAGAGACACACACCAUGGAGGCCAUGAAGCUUGUAGAGUUUGAUCUUAAGCAAACACUUACCAGGCUUGUGGCACAUCUUUUUGGAGAUGGGCUGGAGAUAAGAUGGGUAGACUGCUACUUUCCUUUUACACAUCCUUCCUUUGAGAUGGAGAUCAACUUUCAUGGAGAAUGGCUGGAAGUUCUUGGCUGCGGGGUGAUGGAACAACAACUGGUCAAUUCAGCUGGUGCUCAAGACCGAAUCGGCUGGGCUUUUGGCCUAGGAUUAGAAAGGCUAGCCAUGAUCCUUUACGACAUCCCUGAUAUCCGUCUCUUCUGGAGUGAGGACGAGCGAUUCCUGAAGCAGUUCCGCGUAUCCAACAUUAAUCAGAAGGUGAAGUUUCAGCCUCUGAGCAAAUAUCCUCCUAUGAUAAAUGAUAUUUCAUUCUGGUUGCCCUCUGAGAAUUACGCAGAGAAUGAUUUCUAUGACUUAGUCCGAACGAUUGGAGGAGACCUGGUGGAAAAGGUUGAUCUCAUAGACAAGUAUGAACAUCCAAAGACGCACAAGACCAGCCACUGCUAUCGCAUCACCUACCGCCACAUGGAACGGACUUUGUCCCAGAGAGAGGUCAGGCACAUCCACCAGGCCUUGCAGGAGGCUGCAGUCCAGCGGUUGGGCGUGGAGGGCAGGUUCUGAUGUCACCACUUCACCCAGGCUGCAGCCCUCUUGGGGCUCCAGGAUUUGCUGAAAGAGAAAAAGAUAUGGUUUGUGAACUGGGGCAUCAAUCAUCUUUUGAUAAAUGGAUCAGUCUUAGGACUUUCACAAAAUAAAAGAUCACUCUUGAAAAGCU